AGCACAGUAGUAAAUCGCAUCGUCUUGGCCUCCGCAGUUUCACUAAGCUUCUUUCCUGGCCGUGCUCGUGCCGUCACUCCCGCGUUGAUUAGGGAGAAGGUUGUUUUCACAUCAUCUAUCUCAGCACAUCCGCCGUUUCAUCGUCCCGCCUAUCUAAUUGCUACUCCACCCUUUGCGCCUAUUGCCAGUCGACCAAAUCUCCGGCUCCCUGCCUCCUGCCCCUCGAUGACUGGGUGCGUGAGUGCCUUACUACAGGUAGGCGUGAAUAUAAAGCUUGAGCGUGCCCCAGUUCAGCCCUGUUCUGUAGGAAGCCUUUCCCAGUCUUCUCGCCGUUUCUGAAUUCAUAUCUCCACGAGUAUUGAGUACUCGAGCCACAUUCGUUCCACCCCACCACCAACCACCAACCACGAUGCCCUCGUUCAAGCAAACGGCAGCCAUGCUCGCCCUGGCGGCGACCGGCAGUGCCAUGCCCACGUUCUCGUCCCUCGCCGCGCGCGCCGCAGAACAGGGCCCCGCGAACCUGUGCGGCAUGCCCAACGAGUCGCUGAUCCUGACUGGCACGCCCUGGAUUGUCUUCAACAUGAUGUACAACAGCGGCCAGAUCGUCGGCAGCGCCUGCACGGGCUACACUGGCACCGAAACCGGCAAGGACGGCAACCUCAAGGUCAACUGGAACAGCACUUGGGCCAUCGACUACGUCAAGGCUACCGAUAAUGUCCCCAAGGGCUACUCGUUUGUCGGCUUGACCCAGAACUUGGAGAACAAGAUCUCGGAUAUUAAGUCCAUCCCUACGACUUAUGAUUGGACCCGUACCAACACCACCGCGUACAAGGGCAAUAUUGUCUACGACUUCAUGACCAACGACAAGAAGGGCGACAGCACCAGCUCAGACAGCCAGGAGUUAAUGCUUUGGAUCAAUUGGGCAGGAGGUCAACUCCCCAUCGGCUGGGCCGCGGGCCCCGUCGCCACGAUCACGAACCUGUACGGCACGUCAUGGAAGUUGUACCAAGGCAAGAACGACGACACAGGCAUCACGGUGAGCACCAUGAUGCCCGACACGCAGUUCGAAGGCUCCUUCUCCGGCGACAUCAAGGACUGGCUGCUCGCGCUCGUCAAGCAGGGCGUCUUCACCGAGAACACGUACGUGAACGUGGGCAACGCAGGCGGCGAGCCCAUGUACGGGCAUGUGGAUACGACGGCGACGUUGGGCCUGCAGAUUAAUCUGAACUAAGAACCCGGUUGGCGUGGGCGUGGGUGGGUGCGGAAGGGGUUGACGGAGUGGCGAUACGGUUCUGGAGACGAGGCUUUUAGGCCGUGGUUUUGUUUUGUAGGAUGGGUUUAUGUGCUGGGAUGAGUAACAAGGCCCUCUUCGUCACGAGCUGCUGGCUGGCUGGCCAGCGAGACGGCUACACACGCAAGCAGGCCCUACGCACCUCUCCUUGUCUAGCCAAAACCCUAGCCCCUAGAUACAGAUGCGAAAGUCUCCAACCGCACGCGCACUACAAACAAUCGUAACG